ACCCCUUGACGACUCUUUGUUUUGGUCCGGAGACUAAAUGUGUCCGGGCGGAAACACGACCUGCGUUCACAGAACUGCGAAAAAGGAACCAAAAUGCGGGUCUUUAUAGAUCCUGAACUCAGCCUGUGAUUUUCUCCUCAGGCAGAUCUGCAGCUUAUUUACCUUAAACACCCUAGUUUAGUGUUUUAUAACCAUUAAAACAGUUUAUAACGCAGGGUUUAAUACUGUUUAUGUGCGGGAAUCAGUGACUGCGCUGGAGAAGAGAUCAAUGGAGUGAUCUGGAGGUGGUGCUGAGGUGAGCUGGAAGUGGAUCCGGAGUGAUUUGGAGGUGGUGUUAGAGUGAUCUGUAGUAAUCUGGGGUGAUGCAGAGUGAUCUGGGAUGAUCUGGAGUGACCUUGAGGUGGUGCUGGAGUGAUCUGAAAAUCUGGUUCAGGAGUGAUCUGGAGGUGGUGCUAGAGUGAUCAGGGGGUGAUGCUGGAGUGAUCUGUAAAUCUUGUGCUUUAGUGGUCUGGAGGUGGUUCUGGGGUGAUCUGGGAUGAUCUAGAGGGAUGCAGGAGUGAUCAAUAGUAAUCUGGAGGUGGUGCUGGAGUGAUCUGGAGGUGUUGCUAGAGGGAUCCCGAGGUGGUGCUGGAGUGAUCUGGAGGUAGAUCUGGAGUGAUAUUAUGCUGGAGUGAUCUGUAUGUGGGGCUGGAGUGAUCCUAAGGUGGUGCUAGAGGGAUCUGAAGGUGGUGCUAGAGCGAUCAGGAGUGAUCUGGUGGUGGUUCUGGAGUGAUCUGUAUGUGGUGCCGGAGUGGUCCUGAGGUGAUGCUGGAGUGAUCUGAAAAUCUUGUGCUUUAGUGGUCUGAAGGUGGUGCUGGAGUGAUCUGGAGUGAUCAGGAGGGGUUGCUGGAGUAAUCUGAAGGUGGAUCUAGAGUGGGUCCUGGGGUGAUCAGGAGUGAUCUGGUGGUGGUUCUGGAGUGAUCUGUAUGUGGUGCUGGAGUGGUCUGAAGGUGGUGCUGGAGUGAUCUGAAAAUCUGGUGCUUUAGUGGUCUGAAGGUGGUGCUGGAGUGAUCUGGAGUGAUCAGGAGGGGUUGCUGGAGUAAUCUGAAGGUGGAUCUAGAGUGGGUCCUGGGGUGAUCAGGAGUGAUCUGGUGGUGGUUCUGGAGUGAUCUGUAUGUGGUGCUGGAGUGGUCUGAAGGUGGUGCUGGAGUGAUCUGAAAAUCUGGUGCUUUAGUGGUCUGGAGGUGGUGCUACAGUGAUCUGGGAUGAUCUGGAGUAAUCUAGAGGGGGUGCAGGGGUGAUCAAUAGUGAUCUGGAGGUGGUGCUGGAGUGAUCUGGAGGGGGUGAUCUGGAGUGAUCUGGAGGUGGUGCUGGAGUGAUCUGGAGGUGGAGCUGGGCUGCUGAUAGUCAGUAGCUCCUCGGUUGGAGAUGCUGAGUGUGGAGGAGGCGCUGCCGGUGGCGGAGGAGGAGGAGGUGGUGGAGGUGGUGGAGUCCUCCUCCAGCCGGCUGGGGGAGAUCUACUCGCUGGUGGCGGAAGGCUGCUACCCGCGGGCCAUGAACAACAUCCGCAAGAAGAACCUGAAGCGCUACUCCCAGAAGUUCAUGGUAGAAGAUGGCCGGCUGUACUACGUGGGUCAGAAGAAAGAGGAGAAGCGUGAAGUGGUGAUCGAGGACGAGAGAAAGAGACAGAUAUUCCUGCAGUGUCACUUUAACGAGGUGGGGCAUCACCUGGGCCAGAAGAAAACCGUGCAGAGGAUCCAGAGCAAGUACUACUGGCUCGGCAUCGUUAAGGACGUGGUGGACUGGAUUAAGCUGUGUGAACCGUGUCAGCAUGCAGAGCGUAAUAAAAACAUGGCGCGGACGGUGCGGCCCCUAAAGGUGGACGGACCCUGGGAGAUCAUGGCCGUGGAAACAGUAGGGCCGUUCCUGAGCACUGUUCCUGCGGGGAACACACACGUGGUCAUCAUCACUGAUUACUUCAGUAAGUGGGUUGAAGCUUUUCCAGUUCAGAGGAGCGAUGCUCUCUGCGUCGCAAGAUGCAUUUUAUCCACCAUCUACAGAUUUGGACCGGCAAAGACUAUAUUCUGCUCUCAGAGUGCUGGCUUCUGUGAGGAGGUAUCGAAGUUCCUGUGUGAGAGGUGGAAUAUGGGACAGACAGUAACUGCAGCUGAUCCUCCUCGCUGUAACGCUCUGUACGACCGGAACAGCAGUCUGCUGAAACACGCUAUAACGCAGGUGGUGGAGGAGAAACAGGCGGAGUGGGACGAUUUUCUGGACCCGGUUUUAUCUCUGUUCCGGACCACUGUUAAUCCCACCACCAAGUUCACACCUCACUGCCUCAUGUUUAACAGAAAAGCCAGCAUUCCCGCUGAGCUGGAUGUGAUGAGCUGUGAGCAGGAGCCAGGCAGUGUUUCUCUCAGUGAGGAGGCCGAGAGAAGCUUCCUCUCCACCGUUCAGGAACACCAAGACAAACUUAAACAAACGGUAAUUUCCAACAUGAACUCCGCCUAUAAAGAGGAGAAGAAGAACGCCAAGCAACGGAGCAAAAACAUGUCCUCCACCACCCUCACCGUCACCGAACCUCUGUGCUCUUCAGACGAGCCGCCGUCGCCGAAGAAGCUUAAAGAGGAGCUGUUCCUGACCUUCCCUGUGGAGACGGUGCUGAGCGCUGUUCAGACCGUCCAGACUGUUCCAACUCUCCAGACUGUUCAGACUGUUCCGGACGAGGCAUAAAUGGUCUGGAAUUCACACUACCGGUCUCAGACGUACACUGACCAGCUCAGCUGCUGGAGUGGACUCACGGUUUUGUGUAGAGAAGACUUUCAGAGUGGUUAUACUCCACUGCCUAGACCUGAGAGGACAAGCUGUAGAGAAUGUGCUCUACAGUAUCUGAUGGAUGAUACAGAGCGAGUUAUAUGAGAUGUACAGUACAGGCCAAAAGUUCUUUUCUAUGCAUUUCUUUAUUUUCAUGACUAUUUACAUUGUAGAUUCUCACUGAAGCAUCAAAACUAUGAAUGAACACAUGUAGAGUUUUAUGUACUUAACAAAAAAGGUGAAAUAACUAAAUAUAUAUAUAUAUA